GUUUUUGUGCGUUAGGUCGAUUAAAAAAAUAAAAACAUGCCUUUAAUUUACAAAAAUCAUUGAAGAUUUCCGUGAAAUAGCAACUUGUCAUGGUAUGAUAUUGAGUAAUCUUGACUGCUGAAAUAAGUAACAAUGUCAUGGUGUAAGCUGUGUGCAUUAAGGAGAGGUUUUUCUACUUCAUGUCAUCUCGGUAUAAACAGACCAAGGGUCAACGAGAUCAACAUUCAAUUGCUGUCAGAAACUCUUCAACAACAGAUAUUCAGAAACAGUCAGUGCACAAAAUCACAAGAAAUAAGUAAGUUUGAUAGCUCAGGGGAGGAGAUUCACGUGAAACAAGAACAAACUUUAGAUGAUGGUCAACUAAAAAAAGUAAAGAAACACUUGUCUCAGCAUGAAUUGUGGGAUAAACAAACUAACCUGCACAAAGAUGUCAAUUUUAAUCUACCACCGCUACUAGGUAAAGACAUAGAUGAACAUUUUAUGAAUCUUGGGAAGAAGCAGGUGAAAGAUUAUGUUGACCUGGCAGAGUGUUUAUGUUCGUCUGUCAUUCCUACGAUGCCAUCAGAGUGGGCAUUCUGUCCAGGUUGGGUGAAGUACGACGAGGAUGGGAUUCCAGUUCCUGUAGAAUACCCAGAGGAAUGUGUCAUAGUGUUUGACGUGGAAACGAUGGUACAGGAGGGAAAUUAUCCUGCCAUGGCAACAGCUGUAUCUGAUAAAUACUGGUACUCAUGGUGCUCUGACAAUCUGGUGACAGAUAAAUUCCGAUGGACAUCAGGUCUGCGUUUACAAGAGUUAAUUCCCUUGGAACCAGAAGUAACAACUAAGUCCACAGAUGUUGGCCGAUCCAGACUUGUUAUUGGACACAAUGUAGCUUUUGACAGAUCGUUUGUAAAAGAACAGUAUAAUUUAGAGAAAACCAAGUUGAGGUUUAUGGAUACUAUGUCAAUGCAUAUAGCAGUGUGUGGCCUAACAAAUUUACAGCGUGUACUGUAUCAGGCUGCCAAAAAUGACAGUCAACAGAAAAUCGUGAAAGAAUAUGAACAACGAAACAAGCAAAGGAGAGCAUUUGUUACUGAUGACUGGAAGGAAAUGAGCUCAUUAAAUAAUUUAGGAGACGUGUACAAUCUUCAUGUUGGAGAUAAGAAAAUUGAUAAAGAUCCUCGAAGUAUAUUUGUUGAAGGUUCUACAGCUGAUGUUAGAGCCAAUUUUCAGGAAUUUCCCAACAAUAAUGAUGGAUCAAAAACCAAUCAACAGUUAUUUUUUGAAUGA